AUUCCGAAAAGGUGUUUACAUGUCGCCAACCAACGAACACACACUGUUUUGAACAGCAGGCCACCAUUAUUUGUUAAACGAUCCAUUGCAACAGUUAAACUUCAUGGUUAUCUGAAUAUAUACACUCAAGGAAGAUGACAGAGACAAAGAUGUGUGUGUUUCUACCAGUGUUUAUCCUUUUGGUGGCUACAACUUUAUGUGUUCAAGGAGAUAACGCGACUGAAAUUGCUGAAAACAAAGUUGAAAUAAAAUUCUACAGGCUUCAAGUCAGUGAGUGGGAUAGUGGCCUGAUGGAAUCAAAGUUCCAUGCAUUGUUAGCAUCUGAAACUAAUACAUACUGUGCAAGUAACCUAGCAGCUUGUGGUCUCAUUGGACUUCAAUCAGAAUUCAAAGACAGCCAUAUUGGAAAGGUAGAUAACUCUCCAUUAAAUGAUGACAAGGACAUGUUAUAUGAAUUUUACAUCAUGUAUCCAGAGAAUUCAAAUAAGAGUUCCCCUAGUGUACUAACAUAUGUUUUGUCUGAAUCUGUGGUCAAGACUAUUAUACUACAACUGAGAACCAAUACAGAUUAUAUUAGUUCUCUAGGCUGUGACAAAUGUUAUAUAACAUACAUUGGUUCAGAUUUCUACGGUAUCCCGCCAUCAGCGCUAGAAAACAAGAUAAUUAUACCAUUAGCUUUUCUUGUACUGCUCAUCGUCAUCAUCAUUGCUAUUAGUUUAACCCUGUGGGACAAGAGGAGGGAGAAAGAAGCAAGAUUCCAAAAGAUGCAUAAGCCAAAACCAAAAGGAUCACAAUACCCUACUAAACCAGCACCAACAAAAACAACAGAACUUCCAGAUGAAAAAGUGCCAGAGAAAAAAGCCAGUGCACAUGGUGUAGUUCUGAAACCGCACAGGAAGGAAAAGAUGUAUGAAGGAUCAGGUACCACUCCAAAGAAAGCAUUUGACAGAACAGGCGGUGCCAGUAAUGAUAGCGGUCUAGAUGUUGAUACUCUAGACAGCAGGACCAACAGCAAACCAUAUUCCCUCCAACCACUGGCACAGGGAGAACAGGAAACAGAGAGAAAGAAGAGGAAGAAGGAAAAGAAGAAGCGUUCAAGAAAAUCAAAAGUAGAUGGCGCCGAGAAUCAAGGAUAUAUGGCAGAAGAUGAAGGAUUUGAGAAAGUAGAAAUGAAAACAGAAUUGUAAAAAAUCAAUUGGCAAUUAUUGAAUUUUAAUGAAUUAGAAAUGUGUUAUUAUGGUGUUAUUAUGUUAGGUUUUUGUUAUGAUCUUUAUGAAAAUGUUAAAGAACUAUUGUUACUGUUCAGCAGAUUGUUCAAAUUUCCAAUUAUUUUCCCUAAUCAUUUUGUGAUAUUAAAGCUUUCAUGGGUAGUGGCUAAUUAAGUAAGUUCUUCAAUGGUAUUCAUAUCUUAAUUGAAAUUCGUAAGUCUAUCAUCGAGUUUAGUAAAUGAAAUUAUAAUGACUUAGUUUGUUUGAUUUUAAUGCAGUUAUAAACAGAGAGAGACAACUCUUUUAUAAAACUAUGAUCACUGAAAAAAUUGAAAUGACUAUUUUGAUACAUUCCUGUUUAUAAGGGAACAUGUUUUUUUUUAAAUUAACCAAACUGCUGACAGGCUGUACUUAUGUACAAAAUACAAGCCAAAUAAUCUCAUUGAUUGGUAUGUACAAGAAAAUGUAAGACCUUUGUAUUUCUUGUACAGUCAGGGGUUGAAGUCAUAAAACUUAGCUCAGUACUUGGAGCACAAAAGUCAUGCUCGAAACAUGAAAUCUAGCAUUUUGAUUGGUUGAUUUUUCGAGUUUGAGUACAAAAAACUGACUUGAAAGUUUUAUGACCGCAAUGCCUUAUUUAUGUUUUAUUGUUAAACCAGUUGAGAUUGGCCAGAGGGAUAUUAAAUCUGUUUACAAUAAUUUGAACAAAGGUUUGAGAGAAUUUUGUUAUGUUGAUAUAGUGUUGUCAUAUUUUGUAUGAACUGCUUGUGUUGGAUGAAAUUGUUUUUUAUGGUGUUUUUUUUAAAGUAUGACUUAACUGUGAUAGAUUAUAUGCUCAUGUCUUAUUAACGUAAUGUCUUUCAGUUCUAGAAAGAAUGAAAAGUGUAAAAUGUAAUUUAUUGUAAAAUGAUUUUAUUCAAAUGACUUACUGUAAAAAAAAAUU